GUAUAUAUUGAUUGAUUGAUAUAUAAAUAUAAUAUCGAUAUCGACUCACGCCAUUUGUUCCGUCCUUAAUGAAGACGCUAUGACAUUGAGAAUAUAUGUCUAUUUGUGUAUAUUUUUAUUGUGCGAGUGCAGAAUCAAUAUUAAUAUAAAAGUUUCGUCAAGCAAAACCGGGUCAAACAUUAGUUAUAAUGGUUUCGAUGACAAAUUGAUAACUAGCAAGGAGAUAAAUCUCUAUAAUUUGAGUGAUUCGAAUCUAAAAAAAGGUGUGAGAAUAGAGUUAGGCCGAAUACCUGAUGACGUGUUCCUAAACGAAUCGCCCAAGUAUGGUGAUUUAUACAAAACAUAUAAGUGGCCGAGAAUUAGGAGGAAUUUAAGCGUCAAUAAAGCAGAAGUUAUGGACGUUAUAAGUAAAAAUGUAAUCGUAAACAAAAUCGAUCACAUCAACAACACAACGAGGAAAUCUAAAAUAAAGAUAAACGAAUUUUUUCCAGUUGAGAAUAUUGUUUCAUCAGCAUGGUCCAAAGACGGACUGCCAGAUGAUGAUAUAAAUUACAAAAUUAAUAUAGAUUUAAUUCUAAAAAAAGUCACAUUUGAAAAUAAAUGGCGUAACACAACGCUGAAGACAGUCGAAAUACAAUUCGGUUUAAAAAAUCCAGGAUACGUCGAAAUCGAACCGGGAAAUACAAUUACUACAAAACUUACGGCUAGAAAAACUACAGCUCUGUACAAAAUAACCUACAAAGCACAACUGACAGGUUCCAUGAUUGUAAAUUUCGCUCAUGUUUACGGUCAAUAUCAUUUUUACGCGCCAAAAAUAUCGGAUAUAAUGAAAGCGAACAGACUCAAUAACGAAAUUUUAACGACUGAAGUUAUUGAAAUCAAAUGCUACACGGAUCCUAGGAUGGAUGUGUUCGAUAAGAGUACUGGCAGGAAAAUGGCUAUUAUGUUUUUAAAUAAACCUUUUUGGAGAAGAAAAAAUAAAACUAAAAAUAAAAAUAAAUAAUUUAACGAUAUUAAAAAUAAAUAUUUACAUUUAUUUUAUGAAAAACAAUUAUUAAAUAUUCUAUUUAAUGAGUGUGAUUUUAAAUAGAACUAAAGUUUUUAUGAAUUUUUAUUCCACAAAUUUGUAAUGAGCGCCAUCUUAUCGCUUCAGAGGGAUAAGACAUCAAAUAAAAUGUUUCAACUUUCAUUAUAUGGAUUUUAUAUUAAUUAGUUUAUACUUUAUUAAAUAAAAAUAUAAAACUAAUACUGCAUCAUAGAUUUUAUCUUAUUUGCAUUCAUUCAAUAUAAGUCGUAAUAUGAUAUUUGGAAUACACUGUUAACAAUUUAGUUCAUUUUUCAAGCACUAGAUAGAGCUGGUAUCGCUUGAAUGAUCAAAUUAUUGAAGUUCAUAUCACUAAAUAAGUUAAAUAAAUGUAUAUUAAAAACAUAAAUAAAAAAUAUUAAAUAAUAUAUUAGUACAAAAUUU